AUGUCUGCUGAACGAACUUAUUCUGCAUCUAAUGUCCUGUUUGAAGAUCCUGACUUUCCUUUUCGGGACUCAGAUGACGAUUUAAUCGAUGAAGUGGAUCAGAUUUUUCUGGAAAAUCCUAUGGAUCUACCCUUGUAUUAUCAAGUGGGUUCCGGAUUUGAGACUUCUUCCUCAUCAGCUCAUGGCCCUGUGUAUAUGGCUGCUUCGAAUGAACGAUCGAUUGAUGAGGCGAUUGUACUCACAGAGAAGUCUCGUCGACGGAACCAUAAAUAUCAGGCCGAGGAGAUUACCUUGCGGGCCAGUAUAGAUAUGGAACGGCUGCCUCAGAACGUGCAAGGCAUCCCGAUGGUCCGAAUUCCUGACACCGUCCGGGAGUUGUUUGAGCAACUUAUUCACCGGACAACAGCAAAUCUGGGCCCAUCAGACCUCAUCCGAUUCUGUAUCCAAGCAGAUGGGUUGGAUAAGCCGAUUAGCACGUCCCUGAUGGCAGUUUCGAAUUUAACAGUUGAAAAGAUUCUGGCUGCCGUGAUGAAAGUGUUGCAGUCUAAAGACAAAAUUGAACUGGAUACGGGAUUUGCAGUUGAUGUGAUCACCAUAAAACGCCCUGUGGGUGCCGGACGAAAUAGGAAGGGUCAGUCAACAUCUCCAUGGACAGAUUAA